AAGCAGGAGAACUCCUGAGGCACAUAUUAGCUGAUUUAUUUUACGGAAGAAGCGCACCAGCGGUGAAAUAAGUACCAUAAACAAACGGCGUAGACAGGUGGAUUGGCAGUGGGAUUUAGAGAGCAAAACCUGCAGUCAAGCGCGAUUUCGGACGCCAGAUCUCUGAGUAAAACCCAGUGAUUUAUUGCUGCUCAUUAAGAGAAAGUCUCCAGAAACGCACAGCAACCGUCAUCCCGGUGAUCAAACUGAAUACUGCCAAAUAAAAGGCGAUGUGAGUCAGUCUCGACAAACGCACCCCAUUUACCAUAACUGUAUUUCCGAAAGAUCAUCAAGAAGCCCCCUAAAGAAUUUUCUGCUCGUAAAAUCGCAUUUAUAUUUUUGCCCGUAGCUGGUUGGUUGCGGUUUGUGACGCAUGCUAAGCAGGGGCGAACUGUUGGGGUCUGUCUGCUCACAGCUUUGGGGAGCUACUGCACUCGUAGACAAACGUAAAAGCACGGUUUAGUCAUGUGGGAUGGACAAGGGUGGGACUUAAAUGCACUAGAACCGGAGGGUAAAUCAUUAUGGAAUAAGUAAAGUACACACCAAGACACUGAGAUGGAGAUGCCGAGCCGAUUAUUUUUCAGCUGAGGGAUAUCGGAUGGAAAAGCAGUAGCGCAGGUAAAGUCAUUCUGCACAAAUGCAAUGUUUUUUUCCGCCUUGCAGUAAAACUUUUUUUUCUUCGUCCUUUGGUCUUCACUCCUGGCGUACACAUAUUGUUUAUCCGAUUUGGAGUAAUGGAAAAGAAUCUUCGAAGCAUAGUGACGGGCGCACGUUUCAAUAAAAAUCAAUCAACAAUUCAGGCUUUAUUUUAAAGAAGAUAUCUGAAUGCAAACGCACACACAUUAACAGAGACGUAAAGAAUCGAUCAGUGGAACUUCACACUGGGGGAUGGAAGUUUACUGCAUGACAGUCUGGAAAGGUGCAGCCACGGUUUAGCAAAAACGUUAAGAAACGUGAAAAUCGCGGCUAAUAACUGUACGGGUGUAAGUGUUUUCUUUUAAAGCGGAUUGCUAAAAGAGAAAGAAAAAUCAAAACAAAAACUUAAUAUCAUGACCAUAGGGGUGCUUUCUUUUCUAAUUUUCAUAAUAGCGGUGGCAGUGGCCAAUUUGGAGUAUACCUCAGAAAAGAUGCCGCUUGUAAACGGAAAUGAAAAUUUCACUCUGAAAAGGGACUUCAAUCAGACGUACAUGUCCAGACUCAAAAGGAAAAAUCUGGCGGUAGAUUUCACUAUUCCUGCUUUAUUUCGCCUCUACCUCUCAGUCUUUUUGAAGCGCCCACUCAACAGCAAUUGUGAGAGUUAUAGUACCUGCUACACAGUAAGAUCGUGGCUGAUAAUGCACUGUCCACCGCUGCAAAAAGCUGUAGCAGCACUAAUGGAUGAAGGACCCAAACAGCCCAAAAGUUCGGAGGCAAGAAACUCCACAGGCGAUCCACCAUCGCCACUUUCCAAACGCAAGCGACCACUCUCCAAGGUCCUGAAUAUGGGGCUAAGCCGGGCAACCCGGAAAUCUAAUCAGCUGGUCAUCGAAAUUGGGGACAAGCUGGUGAAGACAGGCUGUGGGAGCUCGAAUCCUCAAGAGGGUGCUUUUCUGGAGAUGGACCUAUCCAGGAUGUUGGACUGGUGGCUAGGAGCAGAAGGGGGGAGGCUCAGAGUCCGUUUGAUGCCGGAGAGAAGAGCCCAAACACUAGCGAGAGAGGAAAGCUUCUCCGCAGCGAUCAGAGCAGCAGACCCCCGUCUUUUUUUGCACAUUUGUUCAUUCCAAGCACAAAAUCAAAGCUUAGAAGAGGACUUGAGAACUCCUUUCAAAUACUGGAAUUUCACAUGGACACUUGAGGCUGAAUCUGAUUUCACUUCAGAUAGGAUUUCUUCUGAAUUCAGCUGUGAUUUUGAGUCGCCUUGUGAUGUGGAAUAUUCAAGCAGCACAAAUUUCCCCAGGGUGGGAUGGAGACUGACAACAACAGAACAUAGUCUCCCUGAAGUGGACAGUGCUGGAAGUCCAAAGGAGGAUUAUUCUGAAAGACGUUCAACGGGCCACUUCUUGUUUAUGAAAGGUAAAAAUGCCUCCUCCAUCUUAAGUCCUUGGCUCCGCAGCAGCAAUGAACUGUGUACUUUCCAGUUGGCCGUCUAUCUACAUGGUGAACAGAGAGGGCGCUACACCAUUCACCUUUCUGAGAAUGGCAAGCCUUCACAGGAAAUUGCCUCAACAGAGAAAGCUGCUGUUACUGGCUGGGCAGUCCUCCGAGGGUAUGUGGGGCGUUCAGAGAAUCCAUUUCGAAUUUCCAUUGAUUAUACUGGUUAUGGAGAUGAGGAGACAGCGGCUGUGGACUCCCUCCUGAUGUCCAACUGCAGUGCAGAACCUCCUGCUGCUUUGAACAUCACAUUUCAGGGGACCUACACAUGUCGGGAUGGCACAGUCAUCAAAAUGGGACAAAUGUGCAACUUCCAAAUGGACUGCCAUGAAGGGGAUGAUGAGGGAGUCAUGUGCCGUGAUUUUCUUCCUGGAAGUUAUUGCUCUUUUGAAGAGGGAAGCUGUGGAUGGCAGUUUUUGAGUACUACACAAAACAGCACACUUUGGGGGAUUCGGGAGCGGCGAAAAGGAGCAUUUCCUCAACAUAAUAAGAGCUGUCCAUUCUCAGGGCAUGCAAUGGUGCUUGGUGGUGGCAAUUUUGACAAUCAGCAGCCACUUGCAUUGAGAAGUCCUGUGUUUCCACCUCCUCUGAGAAACUCGCCUUGUCAGGUUUCCUUCUCCCUCUGUGCUGAUAACGCACGACGAGCAUCACUCUCCUUAUGGCUUCUGGAAAACAAUACAGACAUUCGUGAGGUGUUCAAGCUACAAAACAGUGCCCUUGAGCGGGGAUGGCAUCAGUUGGUUGUUCCUCUACAUGGAGUGUCAGAAAGAUUUCAGUUAGAAUUUAUCUUCUUGGCUUCAGCUGAAUUCAGAACUUCAACGGUUAUUGACAACAUCUUCCUCAGCAUGGAUUGCUUCAUGACCUCCAAUGGAGAUUUUCCACCUAAGGUUACAUCAGUUACAUCAAACAAGGCAUUUUUAGGUUUGACCGACAACAGGAAAGCUCCUCAACCCACUGACAGAAGCUUUGAAGAAGAGCUUCAGGAAUCCAACAUCACUGAUCUGUGGAUUUUCAAGAAUAUGAAUGACACACACGAAGGAGGGCCUCAAGGCAAAGAGUGGAGUUUCCACACCUGUGGAGCAGCGGGAGCAGUCGGACCCACUCCAACCCAGUGUGAUAAUGCCUAUCAAGACAGUGAUAUUAGUGUGACUGUAGACGUUGAAGGGCCAUUCAAGGGAGUGCAGAAGUGGACAGUGCCUGCAACUAACACUUACAGGAUUACAACCUAUGGGGCAGCAGGUGGAAAGAGUGUCCUUAACCAGUAUGGCCGUUCUCAUGGACUGUGCCUGGUGGCUGACUUCAUACUACAGAAAGGGGAGUUGCUGUAUAUCCUGGUUGGACAACAAGGAGAAGAUGCCUGUCCAAAUGCGAACCCUGCAAUCAAAAGAGAGUGUCUAAGAGAGACUGCAGUGAUUGACAGCGAAAUCAGAGCCCGGGGGUUUGUGGAGGAGUGGGCUGGUGGCGGAGGAGGUGGAGGCGGGGCCACAUACAUCUUUAUGGUUAAGAAUGGAGUGCCAGUGCCCUUGAUCAUUGCAGCUGGUGGAGGCGGAAGAGGCUACAACAGCAAAACUGAUAUUUCUGCUGAGCAGCUGCAGCGAAACCCGAAGGUACCUGGCAUAAAUGGCAUUUCUGGAGCAGCAGGGGGUGGUGGAGGUUGGAACGAUGGGAUGCCAAAGGUCACUGGUGGGCUACCCCUGUUAAAGGGUGCACUGGGAGGACAGGCUUGUCUCCAGGCCCUCAAAAAAUGGGGCUGGCAGACACGAGGAGGUUUUGGAGGGGGUGGUGGAGCCUGCUCCACUGGUGGGGGUGGAGGUGGCUAUAUUGGAGGUAACACCUCAAUACUCAAUGAUCCUGAACAGGAUGGGGAAGAUGGCAUCUCCUAUCUUAGUCCAGAAGGCAUCCUUUUUCAUCCUCCUCUAAAAGGUUCAGAGAGCCAUGGAGAAGUGCUUAUCCAGCUGGCUUUAAACUGUAGUCACUGUGAAUCUAAUGAAUGCCAUCUUACCGGAGAGCCACCAGUACCAGUGUGCUACUGUGAACAAGGGUUCAUCCUGGCUCCUGACCAGUCUACGUGCAUCAAGCAGAAUAUGAGUAAAGAACAGAUGCCCCACCUUCCACUACCACUGGUGCUCUCUGUGGCAAUGUCAGCUCUCAUUGCACUCCUCCUAUUGGCUGUCUCUGGAAUUAUGAUUGCAUACCGUCGCAAGCAACCCGAAUUGCAAUCCAUUCAGCUUGAGCUGCAGAGUCCUGACUGCAAACUAAGCAAACUGAGAACGUCUACCAUUAUGACUGACUACAACCCUAACUAUUGUUUUGCUGGCAAGACGACCUCUGUCAGUGACCUAAAGGAAGUCCCUCGAAGGAAUAUCUCAUUUGUCAGGGGUCUUGGACAUGGUGCCUUUGGAGAGGUUUAUGAGGGACAGGUGGUUGGAAUCCCAGGAGAGCCAAGUCCAAUGCAGGUGGCGGUCAAGACUCUGCCCGAGGUGUGCUCAGAGCAAGAUGAACUGGAUUUCUUGAUGGAGGCCCUUAUCAUCAGCAAGUUCAGCCACCAGAACAUUGUGCGCUGUAUUGGAGUCAGCCUCCAGGCACUUCCCCGUUUCAUUUUGCUGGAGCUAAUGGCUGGUGGUGAUCUCAAAUCAUUUCUCCGAGAGACUCGGCCCAGACUGGGUCAGCCUUCCAGCUUGUCCAUGGUGGAUUUGUUAAAUGUGGCACGAGACAUUGCACGUGGAUGCGAGUACCUGGAGGAGAACCACUUCAUUCACAGGGACAUAGCAGCAAGGAAUUGCCUUCUGACAUGCAAAGGCCCUGGAAGAGUCGCUAAAAUUGGUGAUUUUGGUAUGGCACGAGAUAUUUACAGAGCCAGCUACUACAGGAAGGGAGGACGAGCAAUGCUACCAGUGAAGUGGAUGCCCCCUGAAGCUUUCAUGGAAGGCAUUUUCACCUCCAAAACUGACACCUGGUCAUUCGGAGUACUUCUCUGGGAGAUAUUCUCCCUUGGUUACAUGCCUUAUCCUAGCCGCAGCAACCAGGAAGUGCUGGAGUUUGUGACAAAUGGUGGGCGAAUGGAUCCUCCCAAAAAUUGCCCUGGACCUGUGUACAGAAUAAUGACUCAGACCUGGCAGCAUCAGCCUGAAGACCGGCCCAACUUCUCAAGCAUCCUGGAGCGCAUAGACUACUGUCUUCAGGACCCUGAUGUUGUGAACACACCACUGCCCAUAGAAUAUGGCCCUGCCACAGAGGAAGAGGAGACUGUCCCAAUGAGGCCCAAAAACCCAGGAAGUACACCUCCACUCUUGGUUGCGCAAAAUUGUGAGGGUGAAGAAUCGAGCAAUCCCCGCAUGUUACCAAUAUCACCUCCCACACCUCCUUGUCGACCAUGCCAUCUUCCAGUGGGGGAAUCAAGCCCUUGUCCACCUCCUCAGCUACGGCCAGCACUACCACAAUGCAUUCGAGUAACUCCCUUUAUGGGAGAAGCAAGUGGGGGCCAUAUCAAUAUGGCCUUUUCCCAGGCACCACCUCAAGAGAGAGAAGCACGGAAUGGAAAUGCCACUAAUUUGUGGAACCCCACAUAUGGUUCAUGGUAUGUAAAUAAACAACGCACACAAGCAGAGGGAGAGGAAGACUGCAGAACAUUCAGCAAUAAUGUAAGCAAGGCUCCACCCCGACCACCACCACCGCCGCCUCCUCCUCCACCACCUCCUCCUCCAUCUCUGGUGAUUCUCGAACCAGCUGCCCUCUCACCAGAAUCUGCCACACCUUCAGUCCCACUAUUCAGACUAAGUAGGUUCCCCUGUGGGAAUGUGGGCUAUGGGUACCAGGAGCAAGGCUUACCCUUGGAGCAGAAACUUGGUCCGCUGCACAACAGGACAGGCAGCACAGAGUACAGUCAUCCCCUUCUUGUCAAUAAAGGACAAGGCGGUGAGCAGGAUGUGUCACGAAAGGGCCUUUUAAGCUGGGACGCCGGAAUCCCUAUGACAGAAGAUGUCAGUGCCACUGUUCUAUAGUGUCAAACUCUGAAGUUUUUGUUUCUUUGGUUUUGGUUUUAUUCCCCCGGACUUAUGUUUCAAGCUCAAAGUAUAAACCACUUGCUAAGAGAUUUGUACUAGAAGGCUGUGUCUCAGUUUUCUGGAAUCAAAUAAUAAUUUAUUCAUAAAAUAUUAGUUUACUACUAUAUUUCAGCUGUUCAUUGAAAUAAAAAAAAAUUUUGAUACGUGGGGAGAUUUGCUUGUAAAUAAAUAAAGCUCAUGUAAAAACCUUGCAAAAUUGCCAGCAAGACCUGAACCAAAUGCAUGGAAGUCAAUAACUGGAGAACAGAUCUACUGUAGUUUUCUGUUUAACCCACUUUAAAAGCAGGACCAAAUAUCUUAAGAAAAAAUGGUAGUAAAUGCAAUGCCACUGACUGAAAAAGCAGAAGAGGUAAGGUCAAAAACUAUUAUGUGUGACACGUACACAGAGGAGACUCCCUAUGGACUGGAUGUCGAGCACCAGAGGUAACUGCCCAGGUUUCAGCAGUAUGCUACAUAUUUAUAAGAAAAUGACUCUGAGGUGACAAUGGUCACCUGACCUUUUGUAAAACUGAGCAAGACCUGUGCUUUCUGACUGUCUGGACUUCAUUUCUAUGCACACUGCCUCCUUAUCUGCACUGCUGAAUUGUACGGUAGAGGCUGUACACAGAUACAGCAGAUGUAUUCCCUGAAUAUCUGAUGCCAAACACUUGGGUACAAUUUGGUUUUUCAAUGUGAAGAAUGACAGAGACCAAACUCUACAUUUGUCAAUGUGCAUCCUGAUCACUUUUUAACAUAUGUGGGUGGCAAUGCCAGUCACUUCUUGACAGGGCCUUUGUCUUACCUAACGCAUGCUUAAUAAGAACGGCUUCAAAUAAAAUUCUUUAAAAGUA